CGUGUACAUCUCGACCCGGUGGACCGACUGAACGAAGACAGAGACCUAGCCCACCAGAUUGCCUUGCUCCUUGACAACGCAAUCUCACAACCAUCAUCAAAAUGCCUCUACCUAAUCCCUGGAAGAUGCCCUCCACGCCCUCGUCACCCCCAUCACUCCGCCGCAAAACCUCUCUACGCCACCGUAACAAAGCCCGCCUAGGCUUCCUCGUUCUUAUCGCCGUCCUCACCGUCUACGCCUUCAACGAGCUCCGUUGUAUGCACUACGGCUGCCUCUCGCGCGUCGGUUUCUAUGGUGCGGGUGUGGAUAGAGCGGGCGGCGCGACACUACCAGAGGAUUGGAAGUAUCGGCUUGGAGAGCAGCUGAAAAUGAACAUGCAGGCGCAGGCGCAGGUGGAGUCUCACCCGCCACAUGAACAUAACAAAGAGGAUAUCGACAAGCAGAAGGAGGAAGAUGAGGAAAAGGAAAAUGGCGCACUCAUCGAGCCCCUAACCGUCACGCCCACUAUCGACCCAGGCGUCCUCCACGCCGGGGACAGCGACCGCUGGAUCGAUGCGCCGCCCGGGCCAGUGGCUCCGGAGAAAGACGUCAAAGAGCAGAUGCAGGCGGACAAGCAGACGUACGUCGAUGUGCAGGGCAUCGACGCGCCGCCCGCGAGGCUCAACAAGCCGCCCGCAGAAGCGAGCGAGCAUCUAGCAGCACCGUCGCCGGGCGUGCAAGUCUCAGCGGAGGAUUUGAGGGUAGCUGGUAAGGCAGACACAGGUGCGGGUAAGGAUGCUGCGAAGAAAGAAGACGUACCCGAGCCUCCAAAGCUCGACAAGACCAAGGAGAAAGUCGACUCCGUGAUCGCGCAGAAGACAGUGCCGAAAGCAUCAUCGCCAGCGUCUCAGCCUGCACCCUCCUCUCCGCCAGCGUCAAAGGCAGAAGAAACACUCGAGGAUAUCAAAGCCCAUGCCAAGCUGCAGUCGCACUCGCAGCCACACACCCACGACGCCCUCGGCACCAAUGCCAACACCUUCGGCAGCAUGGAAAUGGGGCAGCUCAUGGGCGGGCGCUAGAUCGCUAUCACAUUGGUUGCUGGACAACCUUUUCCUUUCUUCCUUCGACGUCCGAUUUAGCACUUCCCGCGUCUGUGGAACG